UUGUGUGUAAAAUUCUGCAAUGCUCUGCAAAAAAGUUUGAAUAUCUGUAGUCAACGUUCCCUAACCGCAGCCAUGACGAGUGGGAAACCUUCCAAACCGAACGUCAGCCAUCCGCACGGUGAGAACGGGCACCAACUGUUCAACGAGAUGGAUAAAAACGAACAGUACCGGAGAGGUGUGAAGAUGCUCCAGGAACGAUGCAAGGCGAUUCAAAAGAACAACGAACGGAUAGUACACAGGUUACAUCUAGUAAAAAAAUUGACCAAGAAACGCAAUCGUGAGGUGGAGAUGCUUAAGAAUCGACUCGAUAGGCACAAUGACGGCUGGAGAACGGCACCCCAACCGGUGGCUGUGAAGCUAGAAGAAAGUAAGGCGUCGGAGUAGACUGUUUCUAAUAGGCUAUCGUACAAUAAUUAUCUAAUUGAUUACGAGAAAAUUGAGAUAUCCAACGAUUGAUGAAUUAAAUAGAAAUAAACUAUUUUUAAGCA